UUGCGAACUGCAUACGAAUGUCAGUUGUAUUGAGAGUUGUGUCGUAUCUGGAGCGUUAGAUACUGUGAGUAUCAGCAACCAUUAUGAAGAUAGAGAAAUCUCUCAACGAAGACAACAUGAACCAGCGUCUCCUGAAGAUACAUUAUGCGGUUCGCGGACCCAUCCUGGAGCGAGCCCUGGCCAUACAGACGGACCUCAACGAGGGUGUACUGAAGCCAUUUAAGCGUGUAAUCCGAGCAAACAUCGGUGACUGUCACGCUCUGGGUCAAAGACCGAUAACUUUCAUCAGACAAGUGUUGGCAUUGGCGACCUGUCCUGGUCUCCGGAGUUUAAAAAACAUACCCGAGGAUGUAAAGGAACGAGUCAGAGAAAUCCUAGGAGAGUGCGUGAGUGGAUCAGUGGGAUCGUAUUCACCAGCUCCAGGACUCCUGUUAAUUCGUAAGCACGUUGCUCAAUACCUGACCGCCCGUGAUGGUGUGGCCGCCAACUUUAAUAACAUAUACCUCGGCUCGGGAGCUUCCGAUCUCAUCAAAAGUGUUCUCACCCUUUUUGUGGAAAAAGUCGAUGGAAAACCACCAGGUGUUAUGAUACCCAUUCCCCAGUAUCCAUUAUUUUCGGGGACCCUCUCGGAGUUGGGACUGCAGCAGGUGGACUACUAUUUAGACGAAGAUGAGGGCUGGGUUCUGAAGUACGAAGAGUUGGAGCGGAGCUGGCGAGCAGCGAGCGAACACUGUAGCGUGCGAGCAAUAGUCGUCAUUAAUCCUGGGAACCCAACGGGACAGGUUUUGUCGAGGGAUAACAUCGAAGAUAUCAUUAGAUUUGCAUACAAACACAACCUCUUUAUCGUGGCAGAUGAGGUGUAUCAAGAAAAUAUAAUAUCAAAGCCUUUUCACUCAUUUAAAAAGGUGAUGCAUGAGAUGGGCGAUCCAUUUAAGAAGCUGCAGUUGUCUUCGUUCAUGACGUGUUCCAAGGGCUGGGCUGCGGAGUGCGGUCUACGAGCCGGCGUCUUGGAGCUCGUGUCUCUAGAGCCUCGAGUGAUCUCCGCCCUGGAGGCGGCGCGGUCGACUCAGCAGUGUGCCAGUGUGCUCGGACAGUGUGUUGUGGACUGCGUGAUGCGUCCUCCGACUCCAGGUUCUCCGUCGUUUUCUCUCUUCUCUUCUGAACGUGAUCGCCUGAGGCGCGCUCUCAGUGAACGAGCCUUCGCGGCUCACACAGCUUUCAACUCCAUUCCGGGUUACUUCUGUAACCCUAUCGAAGGUGCAAUGUUUGCAUUUCCACGCAUUGAAAUACCGGGAAAAGCAAAACAGGAGGCCGCUGAGAGGAGUUUGGUUCCUGAUGAAUUUUACUGUCUACGACUGCUCGAAGAGACAGGAGUAUGCGUGGUGCCCGGAUCAGGGUUCGGUCAGCGCCCCGGCUCUUACCAUUUUCGAACCACCAUUCUUCACGACAAAGACGAAUUUAGCUACAUGUUAGCGUGCAUACGACGGUUCCAUUUAAACUUUAUUGAGGAAUAUUCAUAAGCACUAUGACGACCUCUGCUCUGGUUAAAAAAAAAUGGGUGAAAAUAAUUCCAAGUAAAUUUUCUCUCAAUGCCAAACUAUUUUUGUGUUUAAAUAAAGUGUUCACUUUUAUUAUAAAUAGAUGUGUUUGAAAUAAUUAAAGAACUUAAUUACUUUAAUGAAUUUUACAUACUUUUACGAUGUAUGUUUAUAAUGUAUAUACGAAAUUUAAAUCUUUACAACUUAUGUUUUAUGUUUAACACUAUUCUAAAAACUAUUCUCAUGCUUGGACGAAAUAUUGCUAACAACUUUAUUGCUAUUGCCAACACUCGUACGUAGUUAAGUUACGUCAUUCUAAGUUCAAUAUGACGAAUGAUCCACGGCAAAUUAAUGGCUACACACACUAGAUACAAGUAAAUAAAGAAAAUAUUGUGUGGAUUACUUCUGAAUGAAGUAAUAUCUUGAGUAACAUUUAAAAUUUAUUAAAAUGAGAUAAUAUUUUAUUAAAAUUGCAAACAAUCACUUGUUGAAUAGUUAUAUCUCCGAGAUAAUGAAAUUAAUAAAAGUGCACUUUAAC